AUGACGAAGCCGGAAGAGGAGAAGAACGACGGCGCGGCGGAACACGCGAUGAAGCUGAUUGGGACGCUGGGAAAUUUCGUACCCAGUGCGGAUUUCGACGACUACCUGGAGAGAGCCGAAAACUUUUUCGAACUGAACUGCAUCACGGAUGAUGAGUUCAAGCGGAAGCUGAUCGUCCAUUUUAUUGGCUUGCCCGCGCUGAAGAAGCUGCAGCAGUUGUUGUACCCGAAAACCCACAAGCAGUCGACUCCCCAGAAGAACCAGAUCGCCCAGUCCGUGGAGUUUUUCAAGCGAAGCCAGCACGAGUUCGAGAAGGUCGCGGAUUUCACGGUCGAGCUGCAAGCCCUGUCGAAACACUGUGUCUUCGAACAGUUCCUCGACGCAGCCCUGCGCGACAAAUUCAUCGCCGGCCUACGGAACGCCAAAAUCCAGGCCGAGCUGAUGAACAGCCAUGACAACACGAAGUUCGAUGAUGCCGUCACGAAAGCCAAGAAUCUGGAGCAGAUCGAGGAGGAACAGCAGAAGAUGAAGGCCAAGCAGCAGUACGCCAACCGAGUCAAUGGCGGAAACUUCAACCGACGAAACCGUUCGCAGUCCCGGAAGCCGGUGCAGUCCGGGAGAGGCUAG